GUGCGCUCGUUGUGUGUGCGCGCCCACGCGCUCUCCGGAGCAUCCUCGCCCCUCGGAGGCCAGGCCGGGCCCCCGAGCCCACCCGAGCCUCGCACUCCCUGCUCUCUCGCCAGCCUGCCCUUCCUCCCUCUCUUCCUUCGUCUUUCCCGCCUGACCACCAUGAUGCAGAUCUGCGACACCCACAACCAGAAGCACUCCCUCUUCAACGCCAUGAACCGCUUCAUCGGGGCGGUGAAUAACAUGGACCAGACCGUGAUGGUGCCCAGCCUCCUGCGGGAUGUGCCCUUGCUGGAGCAGGAGCUGGACGCAGGGGUCGACGUGGUGGUCGGAGGCAGCGGCGGCUGCCUGGAGAGAGACCCCCCGCUGGGCGGGGGCCCCCCCAGCCCCGGCAGUGCCUCCGGAAGCUUCUUCUCGCCCAGCCGGGACAUGUACAGCCACUACAUGCUGCUCAAGUCCAUCCGGAACGACAUCGAGUGGGGCGUCCUGCACCAGACGCCCCAGCAGGGCGACGAGACCCCCACCGGCACCUGGAAGCCCAAGGACCUUCUUAUGGACUUGAGCCUCCUGGAGAACGGAGAAGGUGGGGAGGAGGACCUGGAGAAGCAGUUUCACUAUCACCUCCGGGGACUGCACAUGGUGCUUUCCAAACUCACCCGCAAAGCCAACAUCCUCACUAACAGAUACAAGCAGGAGAUCGGCUUCGGCAACUGGGGCCACUGAGGCCGAGGGGGCGGCGGGUGGGGGCAGGCGGCUCCCUAACGCGUGCUUCUCUUCCCUCUCCUUCCCCUCCCCUCCUCUUUUCCUCUUUUCUCUCCUAAAUAUGAUUUCUUCCUGCGCGGUGGGGCGUGUAUAAAUGAAGGGGAAGGCUGCCAGGGAAGGGGGGAACGAGCAAGUGACUCGGGGCGGGAAGGA